AUGAUGAAGAUCGUGGGAGGGCUGCUGCCUACUCCACAAUCCUCCAGAACUACCCCAACAAGAACUAUCCCAGCUCUAGACGUCGACCACGAGAGCUGGUUCCAGAAAGCGUUGGCAUCUGGUGAUGAUGCACUUCCUCUUCAUCAUGACCAUGCAGUUCCUGAUCCGCCUUUCGUCCUCGGCGAGCUCGAAUUCGACGGCGACCUUGGCUCGGCUCACCACCUGGACGCUUUCGGCAACUACGCCACCGUGCCGGUCACAGCCUACCUCCUCUUCGACGGCAUGAGCGCCGACCAGACCCGCGCGCGCGGGGCCCGGGCGGCGGCGGCACGCGGACAAUCGGGGAGACAUCUUCUCUUCACGCUUGGCUCCUCCUCUGCCUCUCCUGGAGGAGGCAUCCAAAGGCUCCAGAAGUAA